UUUGCUCGCAGCAAAAUUCAGUAUUGUGAAUUUAGUGACUGACAGCGGUGACUUAACAUUUUGAUAUCAAUCGAUACGCAAUAAAAUUAGAACAAAGUUAUUUAAAUUUUAGUAUUUGGAGAGCCAAAAUCAAAGCUGGAGUGUUGAACUUAAAUUACAUUCGCAACGAUGACAAACACGUUUGCUGUUUGUCUACUGUCUCUAACGUUCCUUUGUUGUACAAAUUUGUCGUUUGCGCGACAAGUACCGAAGGAAUGUGCUAAGGGACCACAAGUAUGGUGCGAGAGUCUAAAGCGGGGGGCUGAAUGCGGCGCGGUUGGACACUGUACGGCGACUGUGUGGGAGAAACAAAAGCCGGAUGUUUCUGACAAUGAAAUAUCAUCGAAAUUCGUGAAACUAUUCCGAGGACUCAAAGAUGUUAAAGACCUUAUUAAUGAGGAAUAUCUGGCUGCGAGCAUCGAAUCGGCGUGCCACGAUAUCCAGUAUCCUGCGAUCGCGAAGAUAUGCAAAGACAACACGGCCCAUUUCGAAAAUUACAUACAUCACGUUCUCAAAUCGAACACAUCGGCCGAGACAAUGUGCAAAAUCGUCGGCAUGUGUAACAACAUGAAAUUGGACAAUAUUAUUUCGUUGAACAAGAAAACCACCAACCUGCCUGUCAAGCAUAAAGAUCAGCUCCUUGGAAAAUCCCGUUGUACUUGGGGUCCUUCGUAUUGGUGCAGUAAUUUUAGCACUGGCCGAGAAUGCAACGCUACGCCUCACUGCAUCAACCGCGUGUGGUCCAAAAUGACCUUCCNGCACAGAACAAAAGAGCUCAACGUUCAACUGGCGAGUUACCAAGAGAGACUGCGUAACUCGCGUACCGACAGCAAAACAGAAUGUGCCUACAAACCGUCUGAGAAAUAUAACGCCUUUGAUUCUUUGAUAACCACCAGUCUAGGUUAUAAAGGAACCGGUGCAGCUAAUGAAGAUGGACAUCCACAGAAGAUCGUCUUCGAGGAGCAGCACAGCGCCGGUCGUGUCACCGACCUGUCUGGUCUGCUGAGCGCACAAGCACUGGCACCGCUAUUCGACGCCUACCAAGAUAAUUUACAAGAGAAGGACAAUUUGAUUGUCGAUUACGAGAAGCAGUUCGAGAGCAUGAACAAGAAGUCGAAACUGAUCGUUGACGAGAACAAGGGUCUGAGCGAGAGGGUGAAGGCUGUAGAGAUAGAGCUGGCCGAAACGAGACAGAAAUACAAAAAGGUGCACGUCGAGAAAGAGACGGCCGACAUCGAGAAGGCGACGCUGCUGGAACGCGCCGAGCGGGCGGAGACUAAACUGAAGGAGGUCUUCGAACUUUACGAGAACAAAAUAACGGCGAUGAUGCGCGAUUACGAAACGGUACACCGCGAGUACUUCGCCGUCAAGAACGCUCUGGAAGCUUCCGAGGGCAAGAUGGCGCAGCUCGACGCCCUCCGCGCCCGCACCGUCCCCGCCGACCUGCACGAGCGCCGCCUCGAGCACUGCAAGCGAUUGCUCGAAGAAUUAAAACACCAAUACAACAUGGAGACGGAACGCAAGAACGACCAGCUCGCCAAGAUGCAGGAGCGCGUCGCCGCAGUCGACGACAAAUUUAACAAGCUUAACGAGCAGUACCAGAGAACUAAACAAGAGCUGGAGGUCGCUUUGAAGAACGUCAGGUUAUACAGGAAAGCGGCCGUUAUAUUUCGUCAGCGCUUAAAAGCUACCACAGCUCGUUUCUCGAAAGCUCGCAACAGCGCGCGGCGCUCACGAACCAACAACGAGCCCCUGAAGCGAGCUCUGAUGGCCUUAGAUAAGAUCAAACAAGAAAUAAAGCUCGUGAAGGCACGCGCGUACUCAUCACUGGACGAGCUGGAGAGACGCCUGUUGUCACAGGAGCGCAGGGCUGCUCACGCUCACGCGGAGCACCGGAGGGAGCUCGAGCGAGCCUCGCUGGCUCUCGAGCACAAAGAGAAUAUCAUAAGGAACCUCAUUGAUAAAGUGGCUGAUGUUGAGGAAGUCAGGCUGAGUCAAACGAACACGCAGAGGUUACAGGGGGUCGUCUCAGAUUCAUCGGAUGACGAGUCGCCGCUCGAAGGAUAAUAUUGUAAAGGACUCGGAGGAAGUUGCGGAGAGAACAAGAGAUUAAUGUUGACUUCGAAUGCGUUUUAUUUGUUUAUUGUCCAAACGGACAAACGACAGUUGUUAUGUACCGUAGACGUUACAACCUGUGGCCUCAAGAGAUGAGGUCGAUGUCUCACAGUACAGUACAGCGGCUGUCUCAAUCCCCGAGCCGGAACGUACGAUUGCGAAGCGGCAGAGCCAUGUGGGACUGCGGUACCGACCCGUGCCCACAGUACUAACCACGUAAUGAGAUUCCGUACAUACAAAGGACCGUUGACAAAACAAGAACGCUUACACUUCGUUCUGCUGUCCAGUAAAAGAGCACAGGCAUAAUUAGUAAUUUUUACUUCGGCUGUGAAAAGGGUACAUUUUUAACUGACUUUAAAAAAUACAGUAGAUAAUCGAUUCGACUGGUUUUUUUCUUCUAUGCUUGUCACUUUAGUAUUUUUUUCAGGUGAACCAAUUAGAUUAGAUGAUUAUUCUUUUAUUUUGAGUACCGUUUAAGUUUCAUCAAGAUCUGACCAGUGGUUUUUGAGGUUACCUUUCAAGCAAGGGUAACCUCAAAAAUUAAGAACCUUAAUAUACCUGUAAAAUACCUGUAAAAUGAAUUUCGACUAUAUUAAUGAUAUUGUAAUUUUGUUCUGUCGGUUGUCUUUUUUUGUUAAUGUAUUUAUUUAUUUAUCAAAAAACAUAAUAUUUAAUGUGCUUCUUCGUUUCCAGUUUUUUUUUUAAAUUAUAGUUUGACUGUAAUCAAUUGUUAAGUUUGUAUAAAUUUUUAAUGUAACUUAAAUUUUAUAUCGAAUUAUUAAAUGUACGCAUCAAAAAAAAUUCUAGUCAGUCUAAGCGUGUAAUAUUUUCCCUACGUAUGUAUGGUCGAAGCAAAACCAACGCAGCGGCCUAGUUUUGCCAUUGACAUUGUCAACGUCCACGAACGACGGUUACCACUUACCAUCGAUUUGAUCGUGUACUCGUUCUUUAUAAUAUAUUCCUUAAAAUACACAAAAAAAUGAAAUAUAUGUCUCGAUUAAUUUCGUUGUAACUGUAAUUAAUUUAUUUAAAUAUAAAAAAUCACAAUAAAA